ACUCGCGUUAUACUCGGCUUGUCUCUUCCCGCCAUCCCGCCCCAACGGGCUUCCCGCGCACGCCUCGCUCUUCUUCUUCGCCCACAUCUUCAGCAUUUUUGGGGUUUCCUUGGAGCAACAAACGGUUCUUCGAUGGCGGACGUCAAGAAGCUAUCCGUCUCCGAUCUCCUUCUGCUAUCCCGCCCUGUCACUGGCGCUUUCUCCCUAUCGGUCUCUCCAUCCAACCCUUCCGACUCUUCUGAGAAUGCCGUCCCCUCCCCGGGUAGGACGAGAAAGCGUGCCCGUGGCGAUGAUAAUCAGGAUCCGGGUCUCUCGGAGAGAAGCCCUAGAAUUUUAGAGCCACUGGAUCAUCCGGCGAUUCUGAUCGGCACUGUUGAUCUGUGGACCGGUGUUUCGGAUCGACGGUCUGGGUGUUCCAAGAACGAUUGUCUGCUUUUCGCCGACGAGGGAGCUAGGGUUUGCUGCGACGUUCUUGAGUUAGACAUUGGGAUGAUAGGGAGACGGGUGACGGUUCUUGCUUGGAAUUUCAUUCCGUCCAAGUGCACUGCAGGGUUGCUGGAAAUAAUCAAGUGGGAGUUGGCUGAACCGCCGCCUCAUCGGUGGUCGUCGGGAGGUGGGAGCUCUGAACAUGGGUUCUAUCCCUUGUGUCCGUCCAGCGAUUCUCUUCAGAGCGAGGUCCGCUCGUUUUCGGGCUGCCGCCGCAUUGGUCGAGACGAGGUUUCUGGACAGUUAACUGCUGUUAGCCCCGUUUUCGACGUUCCUUGCACGGCAAAGAGUGGACUUCCUGACGUUCUCAGCGAAUCUAGGCCCGAGAAUUUUAAGGGAUUCCUGGUGGAAUUCUUAGUUUGUGAUUGCUCUGAAUGCAGCAGUGUUAUGUAUUCGAGCCAUAUUUAUGGCAGUAAUGUGAACCCUGUGACGGUGUAUUUUUGCGGUGCGGCUGCUAAAUGGCGCCCCGUGUUUGCUAAACUCGUGGGCAGUUUUAUCCAUGUAGUGGGGCUGAAGAGGAAAUUGGUGCUUGUUGACGUAGAAACUAUUCCUAUGUUGGUUUCUACGUCGAAAACUGGCAUGCGCUUGUACAGAAAGGAACAGGAGGUCUCCAACGAAGGGGCAUCGACGAGGAAAAGGACCACUGUCAAAAACGAAUUUACUGGUCAAUACACCGGUGUGGCUACGGGGGUCUAUAUGCAAGGGAUGGUUGUUGAGCUGGACGAGAAAGUUUGGCUGGUUUUCACAGAUCAACUGGAAAAUCCUCACUCAUUGAGGGUCGGUGCUAUUGUUGAUGUGAGAAAUGCUCAUUUUAUUCUCCCCAAGUUUUCUUGGAGUAAGAUCCUCUUACUUGGUGCCUGCGUCAAGACGGUGCUCAUUAUAAAACGUUUUUCUGCCUUGGCUACUCAAUGUCAUGUCAGGUCUCGCACUAACAGUCUAUUGGCUAAGUUUGUUGGCUCCUUACCUUUUAUUGCAAAAUUCUGGAUGCUGCUUAUGGUUUCAAGUUUCAGAGAAAAAUUCUCUGGAAUCCUUCUCGAGAAGGAAAUCCUAGGGUCAAAAAGUAAAGAAGGACUGGUCCAGAUAUAUGCUAAGUUGUGCUUUUCUUUGCACUCGUCACAACUUCGGCAUGGAAUAUUUAAAGAAUUUUGCAAGCAUAGUUGCUGGGAUGGUUCUGAGCUUGGAACAACAAAAUUGGCACUACCAAUCUCUUACAUCUUCAAUCAUGCUGAAUCCCUGUGGAUGCGUUCACUGACAUGCAUUCAGAAGCAAGCAAAAAGUAUCAAAACCAGCAAAGAUGUUGUCCUUCUUUCACAUGAGAGGACAUCACAGAGCAGUUUUUCUCGACAGAUCAUAUCAAGUAAGGAUCUUGGUAUGGUUUUGCUUGGCAUGCUACAGGUGUCUCCCUCUUCUGGGAAAUUGCAGUUGAUAGAUGCAACAGGAAGGGUUGAUGCUGUAGUGCCUGAUUUCCGGUUGCAUACCAAUGAUCAGAUCAUGUAUAAGGUUGAUGAUUUCAGGCUCAUCAUGGAAGGGCAACCUUUUGAUGGCUUAGGAAUUGUGAAGAGCAAUUCAGCUUUCUGUAGGAACAUUUUCCAACAUGUAGCAAUGGAUAGAAGGUUGCCACUCACAAUCUAUGUGCACUUCUAUCUGAAGACAGCAACUUAUAUUGAUUCUCAUAUGCAGUUGUCUGCUUCAAACCAUGAUCCUGGUAUAUCUAAUGGCCAUUUGUGGGGGAGGUUUCACUUGCUCUUUGUCACACAUAAGUUUCCUGCCAAUUAUAAUGUUCAUGUUGAUAAAAAAUUACCAAAUAACUCUAGACUGUAUGCUGAGGCCAUCCUAACUCCUUUUAUUUUGUUUUUUCCUGGACAAAAUGGAGAUUGUCCAAUCUAUGGGAAGGAGAAGAUUUUGGAUAAAUAUUUAACAUAUAAUCAUCCAUAUGGUCACCUGGAGGAACACUGGUUCAAUAAAGAAGGCAAUUUUGAGGUGGCAAGAACACCUUUUUCAUCUAAAGUAAAUGAUGAUGUGGAUAAUUCUGGUUUGGAUUUGCAUGACAUGAAUCUAGAUACUUGUCCCAACUUUUCCUUUUGUCAUCAACAUGAUGACAUUCAUGAUCUGAAGCAGGAAGUAAAAACCGAAGGUUUUGAAUUUCCUUUGGAUGUUAGUUGCUCUGUUGUUUCAAGCAAUUACAGUAAUUGCUGUUCCUGUUUCCGGGGCAUCUUUUCAUCGGUCGGCAAUUGGAACAGAAAUGGAGAUUCAGAAAAGUCUAGUGGUGAAGUUCUUUUGGAAUUCAAUUCUGGUAGCUUUGAGAAGUUUCAGGUGCUUCAUAUUGGAGCCUAUUAUAUCAUCAGGUGUGAUCAGGAUACAUCAGGAUGUCAGCUAGAUGAUAUUAAGGAUUCAUGUUCCGUGAAGGUCCUCAUGACACCUAAAACUCAGUUUUGGUGUCUUUCCUUCUCCAGUUCUCCAGAUCAUUGCAAGAAACCAUCUGUUUCUAUCCUUGAAUCAGUUAUUGAUCCCUUGACUAAUUCUUCUCUUAUCAUGAAUGAGGUUCCUUUAAGAUAUUUUACAAAGAAUAGGCUGAUACAUGAGAAAUUCAAGUCCCAUCUCAUGGAUCAUGUUUUUUUCGAUCUUGAUUUGCACUUACCUUAUGCUAAAUUGAAAUUCUUGAGACAAGUUCUCAGUGCUGUUGAAGAUUUGAGGAAAGAUCAGUCUUACACAUUCAGAGAAGCUCAUGGUUAUAAUGGUGGUGUUUUCAAUGCAAGCACUUCUUGUAUGAGCAAGAUAGAAUGUUUGUUGCUCAGAGGAAAUUUUGUAUGUGUCUGUGGAGAAAUUCUGGAUGUUCAUUGUUUGAGUAGCUGUUCUGUUGCAUCUAAAUUAUUUCAAGUACUUGGCACUGGGAAUAAGUCAUGGUUGAGUUUUCUCCUACAAGGCGAAAAUGGCAUCUGUAUUCAUGUUAACGAAGGCCACCGGAUGGUGAAGAUCCGUGGAACUUUGGACGUGCAUGCUUGUCCUUCAGGAGUAGGUCCAGGAACGAUAGCUACCUUUUAUCGUGUCCUGUCAAGCAGUUCCAGUGAAGGGCACGUGAUGGUGUUGACUCCUGCAACUUUCAUUGUAGUCAAUGUGAUAAAGGAGGUUCAUCAUCAUGAUGGUGGAAAGUUUCUUGCAUCCCAGAUUAAAGAAGAUGUGGUUCUUCCAUCUUGGACCACAAGAUCUUCAAGCUUGAUCUUUCAGUCCUUUCACUGUUUUGGAUCUAGUUCCAUCCAAUUACGUGGACAGGUAGUAUCUGUGUGUGUAUUGGUUCUUGAGAAGCGUCUGCAUAAAUAUAAGAAGCCUUGCUUUUGGCGCAGUAGAAAGAUCCCUUCAGUUAGCAUUCCUCUGGCUGGUUUCAUUUUUGAUGAUGGUUCAUUGUCAUGUUGCUGUUGGGCUUCUGCUGACAGUGCAGCUGCUUUACUGAGACUAAAUAAAUCUGCAUCUGAAGUUCUUGUUUCCAAACGCAAUCGUAAUUUAUGUGAGAGUGGAGGGCCCUUACACAAAGUUGGUGACACUCUUGGGAAAAUUAUAAAGAAGCACCGCCGAAUCGUUGUAAGAAGUACCUGUGCUGCCAUAUCUGAUGAUUUAUCUUGUCUAGACUUUUCAUAUUCCAGCUGCUCAAAUAAAACAUUGAGCACUUCUGAUCAAGAUCUUCUCAAGUUUAUUAUCAUUAAUGCUUGCUCAGGUCCUAUAAUGUGUGUCAUAGGCAGUGUAAUGGGUUCUGAUAACCUUGAGUUCAUCCAGAACUACAUGGACAUGCCAACCAAGGUGUAUCCCCCACAUCAUUUUUGGGUUGAAGAGGCUUCUCACGUGGAUGCCCUUUCAGAGGCGAGGAGCCUUGUGCAUGAUCUAACCUGUUAGUGUUUGUUGUACAUUUUUGCACCAUGGAGCCUACAUGCAAUCUAUGAAAUGAGUUUUCUAUUGGUGGCUGGUGGUAAUGCCACUUACUUGGCAUCAGGUUGCUGCUUCGAGAUUCAAUGCUGAUUGUGAGUUGGUAGGAUCGUUGCUCAUGUGCAAAGUUGUCUCCUGUCAACGUAAGAGUUUUCUAUUGGAAUUCAGAGGAAUGAGAUGUGAGUUUGUUUUCUACUACUCCCAGGACAGUUGUCAUGUAGUGCUGUAGAACAAGAUUUAUUGGGAUAGUAUGUUCUCAGUGCUAGGAAUUCCCAAGCAUUCACAAAUAGCCUUGAUGGAUUGCAUUAGAUUUAUCAGAAUAGCUUGUUUGUUGCCAGUGCUACAAAUUUCCAAGCCCUUGCAAUGAGCCUUAUUGGACUUCCAGUUGAGUAAUUCAUGUGAAUAUUCGCUCACAAGAGUAGAAUCAUGUUGGCUAUGGAGGCUUUUGCAGAAUUUCCUUGAUCUGGAAGGACAACCAGACUGCAUAAACUAGCCGAGAAUUCAAGCAUGGCCUGUUCUCACAUGGUCCAUUAUGCCUCUGACCUGAUCUCAUGAACUUAAUUUUGCCCAGCAAGCCAAUUUAGGCUUGUAAUAUGGAUGCAUGUAAGAUGUAUACUUGUGACAUAUCAAUAGAGGAGGAGUUAGAUGUAUUGUAUUUCUGAACAAACUGGAUUAUCUAGGAUCCAUGUAAAGCUGUAUUUUUCUUUUUUCAAAUAUAAGCCAAUUUGGGCUUGUAAUAUGGAUGCAUGUAAGAUGUAUACUUGUGACAUAUCAAUAGAGGAGGAGUUAGAUG